AUGACAACUCUACCCCUCAAAGUGAAGGUUGCAAUCCGUGACCACUGGACCAAGGACGACAGCCACCUCCAGCAGUCCCUCAAAGCCCUCCAGGACGUCCUCGGCCUCGAGGUCGAUGUGAACCCCGAGUGGCAGCCUCUCCUCACUGAGCUCGACGCCGACUACACCGAGAGGGCCGACGCCGUCGUUGCCGUCGCCGGCACCGUCAUAGCAUGGUGCCGCGCCGCGACGGAGCUCCUCGACGAUGGCAAGAAUGAGGAGUGGACCGAGACUUUGCUCGAGAAGCUCAAGAUCACCUGGUCAAGACUAAGACUCUUCAUUGAAGUCUCGAGACAAGAUGACGCCUCGACGACAUGGUCCGACGACCGCGGCGGCUUCCUCAUCGCCCUGCCCCGGCACCAGCGCAUCACGCCCUUGAACCUCCAGCCGCUCUUCCAGGCCGAGCUCAAGGAAUGCUUCGCGGACCACAAGCAGCUGCCCCCGUACUCGGCCUCGCCGACGGCGGACGACUGGGCCGAGGUCGGCAUGGACGCCCGCAUGGGCCGCCUCUCCGUCAGCGGCCCCAACGGCGGAGCCCACCGCCGCGGGCCCUCGGUGAGCUCGACGGCGACCCAGCCGCCGCCCGACUUCAUGCCCCGCGCCGACGCCCUGCCCCGCCCGGACGACCUGCUCCUGAAGCCGCCCUACCACCUCAUGAUCUACAGCCGCGGCGCCUACGAGAUCGAGGUCCAGUGCAGCCACAGCGCGACCCUCAAGUUCCUCGCCGACUACUUCAAGCGGUGGCGCAGGACGAACCACCAGAUCAGCAGCAAGCCCCCCGCCGUCGAGGUCAGGCUGCACCAGUGCGCCUUUGGGCUUGGCGCGAGCAUCGACCGCCUCGUGCUGGCCACGGAGCACAAGUACGGCGGCGCCUUCAUCCUCACGCCCACCGUCGUCCUCUCGCUCGUCGAGGGCGUGCUGGGCUACAAGCCCGUGUACUCGGACGCCACCACGUGGACGUACCGCCGCGACGUCGAGUUGAAGGUUUGA